UAUGGCGGCAUCAGCGACGACUUUCCGACCGGUGUAUAUUGUUAAUGUUUUAUCGAAAGCGUAAUGAAUAAGUUUAGAAACCAGGGAGAUAGCAACGACGAGCUUGUUUGUUGCACAUGUUGAGAAGGAGCUGCGAAAACGUCCUGGCAACACACUGGCUGGCUCGAGAAGUUUGGAGGCUGCGCCUUGGUGAAAGUGCCUGGGUCGGGGUGCACGGGAGAGAAACUCCUCAAGACAGAAAGAGUGGACACGAAGUUUGAAUAGGAAUUGAAUACCAAUGGUUGGGGGGUGACACUGCACAUUGCGCCAAACCUGUAUUCAUGUUGUCAAUAUUGACUUAAACGAGACGACAAAAGUACUCAGCCCGAAGUUAGAACUGGUUAUUAGCAGGUUGACUGUUCCGAUGUGCAUUAACAGGGUCUCGCGCUGCAUACCACCAUCUAGCCAGUAAGGCUAGCUCCAUCGUUAGCUGAAGCUAGUUAGCUAGCUAGCAUUCCAACAGACAGUGUUGCACUGCCACUCUUGCAUCUUCAUAGCUACUGAAUAACAUAUUGUUCAGUUGUCAGAAACUUUAUUCAAAUACAGAGCGUGUUUAAACCAUUUAAAUUAGCUUUCUGGUAAAGCAAGUAGGCUAUCAGUUAGCUAAGUUUCCUAUGAUUUGUCCUCAAACACAUUUUAUCCCAUGCUAGUGUCUUUUGUCAUGCCUAAUUGUGGCCUGAAAAAACACUGCGAGAUGGUCAGAUGACAGCAAAAUGUUAGAUGAAUGUCAAAUAUACAAUCAGGCAUGUCAAAUCAGUGGAUUGCAUGGUGCUGAAAAUCAAUACGUUUGCUAAAGGGCACAAUCAGAAGGCAUAUUAGAUGGCAUACAUGCUGUUGCCUUGAAAUUCAAUAUCCAAAUCCAGUUAUUGUAGUUGAAGAGGAAGUUACAGGGCCGUGUGCAGUAUUGACAUGAUUACAACAGUGCAGCCAGUAUUUGACUAGGCAGGUGUUAUCUGACUUGUCUACUGAGCUAGCUACCGAGCCAGGCAGAUACAGGCUAACUAAAUUAACCAUUUGACCAAAUAUGGAACUGAGGUUUCUCAGCGCAGCUAGUAAAUUUAGGAGUUAUUGUGCCUUUUCUAUAACUCUGUCCAAUUCCUCAUCUUGAUGGAAGUUUUCUCAGCUGUUAUACUUCGCCUUACUUUUAAAGCAACCAUGUCGUUCUAUUUCAUGCUGGAUGAAUGUAUGUCAUCAUAAUUAGGCCUUGGCUCAUCAUGAAUGUGUCUUGAUUGGGGCUCCUCCAGCAUCCUCCUGUGUGACUGCCUUCCUCUGUUAAAUAAAACACACAAGUGCCGUUAGAGACCAGAUCUCAUCUGACAGUAAGACUCUACCAAAGCAGUCAAUGCAUGAUCAAGAGGGUGGAAUCAGUGAGAAGGACCUGCCGGCCUAUUCGCAAUUGCAUUGACCUCCAUUAAAAACCCCUGGAUUGGUGUCAGCGGUGGGAUGCAGAAGUGAGCAUCUACCGCUUCCUCCACUUUCCAGUCAUCAACUGCACCAGGAGAGGCCAAACUGACUGAGGGAAAUCACACCACGGAGGGGGUGCCUGCUCUCCAUCCCCUGCCCACCAGGUGCCCCACACCCAGGCGGUGAGAGAGGCCAGUUUGGAUACCCGGCUGCGGCCUGGCACCCUGCCCUUAUGGGGCAGCAGCCGGGGAAGUUUGUUGGGGACCAGAGGAGACCGAGUCUGCCGGCGCUGCACUUCAUCAAGGGUGGGAAGAGGGAGUCAUCACGACAUGGAGCCCAUCACUGUAACGUCUUCGCUGUGCACGAAGCUCUCCAGAGACCAGACUUUGAGCCCCAGGGUCUGUCAGAAGCGGCCCGCUGGAACUCCAAAGAGAACCUGUUGGCAGGACCCAGCGAGAAUGACCCCAACCUGUUUGUUGCGCUGUACGACUUUGUGGCCAGUGGGGACAACACUCUCAGCAUAACUAAAGGAGAGAAGCUGCGAGUCCUGGGUUACAACCAUAAUGGGGAGUGGUGUGAGGCGCAGACCAACCACGGCCAGGGCUGGGUGCCCAGUAACUACAUCACCCCGGUCAACAGCCUAGAGAAGCACAGCUGGUACCAUGGGCCUGUGUCGCGCAACGCUGCAGAGUACCUGCUCAGCUCAGGUAUCAACGGCAGCUUCCUGGUCAGGGAGAGUGAGAGCAGCCCCGGGCAGAGGUCCAUCUCACUUCGCUACGAGGGACGCGUCUACCACUACAGGAUCAACACGGCCUCCGACGGGAAGCUAUACGUGUCGUCUGAGAGUCGAUUCAACACCCUGGCAGAGCUGGUUCACCACCACUCUACGGUAGCCGACGGCCUCAUCACCACGCUACACUACCCGGCACCCAAACGCAACAAGCCCACCAUCUAUGGCGUGUCACCCAACUAUGACAAGUGGGAGAUGGAGCGCACCGACAUCACCAUGAAGCACAAGCUGGGCGGGGGCCAGUACGGAGAGGUCUAUGAGGGGGUCUGGAAGAAGUACAGCCUCACCGUGGCCGUCAAGACCCUCAAGGAGGACACCAUGGAGGUGGAGGAGUUCCUAAAGGAGGCUGCUGUCAUGAAGGAGAUCAAACACCCCAACCUGGUACAGCUACUGGGCGUGUGCACGCGAGAGCCCCCAUUCUACAUCAUCACAGAGUUCAUGACCCACGGCAACCUGCUGGACUACCUGAGGGAGUGUAACAGGGAGGAGGUGAACGCUGUGGUGCUGCUCCACAUGGCCACGCAGAUCUCCUCCGCCAUGGAGUACCUGGAGAGGAAGAACUUCAUCCACAGGGACCUGGCAGCCCGUAACUGUCUGGUGGGGGAGAACCACCUGGUGAAGGUGGCAGACUUUGGGCUGAGCAGGCUGAUGACGGGGGACACGUACACGGCCCACGCUGGGGCUAAGUUCCCCAUCAAGUGGACCGCCCCGGAGAGCCUGGCCUACAACAAGUUCUCCAUCAAAUCUGACGUCUGGGCGUUCGGAGUGUUGCUGUGGGAGAUCGCCACCUAUGGGAUGUCUCCGUACCCUGGCAUAGACCUGUCCCAGGUGUAUGAGCUCCUAGAGAAGGACUACCGCAUGGACCGGCCGGAGGGCUGCCCAGAGAAGGUCUACCAGCUCAUGAGGGCCUGCUGGAAGUGGAACCCUGCGGAGCGGCCUUCCUUUGCUGAGAUCCACCAGGCCUUUGAGACCAUGUUUCAGGAGUCCAGCAUCUCUGAUGAGGUGGAGAAGGAGCUGGGAAAGAAAGGGAAGAAGGUGAUGCUGGGCCCCAUCCAGCAGGCUCCACAGCUGCCCACCAAGACCAGGACCCUCCGUAGGAACGUGGACCGAGAUGGAGACAGCCCUGAUGCUCUGGAGCCAGAGGUGGCCGUGUCCCCCAUGCUCCCCAGGAAAGAGCGUCCAUUCCUGGACAGCAACCUGAACGAGGACGACCGCCUCCUGCCCAAAGACAAGGACAAGUCCCGCAACAGCCUCUUCAACCUCAUCAAGAAGAAGAAGAAGACGGCGCCCGCCCCGCCCAAACGCAGCAGCUCUUUCAAGGAGAUGGACGGACACCCGGAGAGACGGGGGCUGGCGCCCGACCACCGAGACAACGACUUUAACAACGGCUCUUUCAGUGAUACACAUACCAACGACCCCAACAAGUUUCUGGGUGCGAACAACAACGGGGCAGGGGGUAUUACCAACGGGGCGCCCACCUACCCGGGCCCCCUGUUCCCCCCGCAUCAUGCCAGGAAGAAGUGUACGCCGGUGGUGCCCAGUGUAGGAGGUAAGACUAGCACCACUCCACCCAGCGAGGAGGAUAUAGUGUCUAACUCUAAACGUUUCCUGCGCUCCUCCUCGGCCUCCAGCAUGCCCCCAGGCUCGGAUCGCACUGAGUGGAAGUCCGUCACGCUGCCCCGCGACCUGCACAAAGGCCAUUUUGACUCGGGCACCUUUGGGGGCAAGCCCGCCCUCCCCCGCAAGAGGGCCAACGAGAAGCCAGAGAUCAGCAUCCCUCGCAUGGGCACCCUCACCCCCCCACCCCGCCUGCCCAAGAAGACAGAGGACCCGUCGGAUGAGGUGUUUAAGGACGCUGAGUCCAGCCCCCAGACCCUGACGCCCAAGCUUGGUAGGAGGCUUCCAGGGCAGGGGCUGGACAGCUCCAAGACCAGCGCCCUGCAGGCCGAGCUGCUCAAGCCCAACGUGUUUCCCGCUCUGGGGGCAGCCGGGGAUGAGUGCAGGGCCCGCCGCCACAAACACAACCUGGACUCCUCCGGCCCCAGGGAGAAAGGGAAGUUCCAGAAGCCCAAGCCUGCUCCCCCUCCACCCCCGCCCUCUAGCACAAAGUCAGGCAAGAUCUCCCGCAGCCCCACUCAGGAGCUCCCCUCCCCCACAGACACCAAAGCCAAGGCUUCAGAGUCCCACCACCCAUCCAGCCCCAGUGACCAAGCUCGCGCUCCCCUGGAGGGCCACAAGAAACUCAGCCUCAGCACCUCCUCUAAACCACAGCCGUCAAAGACCUCUUCCUCAGUGUCUGGCUCCACCUCCAGCCCCCUGGGCUUCUCCUCCCUCACCUCCCCAGGAGAUCAGACCUCUCCCACAGCCUUCAUCCCCCUCAUGAACACCCGCCGCUCCCUGAGGAAGACGCGUGCGCCCCCAGAGCGCCAGCCCAACUCGGCCAUCACCAGGGAGAUGGUCCUGGAGGGCACGGAGCUGCUACGCACCGCCAUCGGACGCAACUCUGAGCAGACUGGUAGCCACAGCGCCGUGCUGGAGGCGGGCAAGAACCUGUCCAAGUACUGCGUGAGCUACGUGGAGUCCAUCCAGCAGAUGAGGAACAAGUUUGCCUUCCGCGAGGCCAUCAACAAGCUGGAGAGCAGCCUGCGCGAGCUGCAGAUCUGCCCUGCUGCCACCGGGGGAGCCAGCGGAGCACAGCAGGACUUCAGCAAACUGCUCUCGUCUGUCAAAGAGAUCAGUGACAUCGUUCAGAGGUAGCUGAGAGGAGGCCACACUGACUGAAAAAAAAACCGCUGAACCUAACCUCCCCCUCUCUCUCUUAAUGUAAUGUUCCACGGUCGUGUCUCCUCGACCGUGGUCAUGCUGAACUCACAUUGAGGUGGAGGGCAGGGCAUGCUACAGUGCCACAGGACAGUUUGAGCAUGAUGCACACCUUGGAGAAAUAUACUUUAUGCAGCCUUACAGGAUGUCGGAGGACACUUCAAACUCUAAAGACUGUGUUUACUAUGCUCGAUGAGUUUUUCCUCGUGUUUUGUCUGAAAGCCUUAACUACGAAUGCAAGUUCAAUUUGGCCUUAACCAGAGAGGCCUGGGCCCAAUUCUGCAUCAUGUCACCUUUUCAUCAAUCAUUUUCUAUAUGAUCAUGUCUUUUUUUAUGACACUAUAGACAAAAAGCAUAUCACAUUCUUUCCUUUACUGUCAGUGUUUUACAUUUGGCAGAGUUGCCAAUGUGCCACAAACUUAAAGCCUCAUAUGGCUGAGGAUGCCUUCCAGCUCUGUGGAGACUGAAACAGCCAAAGCGUGCACACGUCUUGUUUCCAUCCAGAAGUAAUGGGGAGUGUCUGGAAGUGCACAUUGUCUCUCCACCUCAUUUUGGUAGUCACCUCAUCUACCUUUUUUCCCUCAGCUUGGCAGAUCUCUGUGGUGUGAUAUGAAUGGUGAAGAUAUGACUGUGUCAGUAUUGAGUUUGAAUGGAUGCUAAUAGCACUGUGCCAGAGGAAAUAAGCAAAGUGGGCAGGAAGACUACCUGGGAACAUUUUGCUUCUGUGCACAAGAUCUGAAUAAAGAGUGCCUUAAAAACACUAUCAAUGUAAUUCCCCAAAGCCAAACUAAAACAGAGCAAUAUAGCCUUACAAAUACUUCCGUGGAUGAGGAAAAUUGUAAUGUCUAUUCUUCAGGCACAUCAGACUGUCCUAUUCCAUACUGAACACUACUGGAGAGGGACCAGGGUGCAGGACCAGGAAACUCCAACUUAACUCUGAAUGUUGUUUCCAUCUUGUCUUCUUGACUGACUGUUUUAUUACACUCAACGCACACCACUUACAAACCUCACAAAAGCCUUCUAUAGUUGGAUGGCCAUCAGAGAUCCUCUGUUGGCUCAAUGGAUGGAGGACAUCACUUGCUUUGUCUUAUGAGAAACUGACCAUUGUUGAUUAUAGGAGUUAUUUCUUACCAAACCAAUGAAAUGCCACUGUGUAGUCAGGGGGGGAAUGACUAAGAUGUUCCUUUGUGUUUUUUCUACUUCUCUCGUUUUAAAUAAUGCAUUUGUUUUCAGUAUUAGUUUGUGCUGUUCCCCACACCCUUGCCCUGUCUGACUGCGAUGCCUGAGGAUGAAAUCAACCACAAGCUGCCUUUACUUCAACAUGGUACUGUUCAAUGUUGAUUCAUUGUUCAUGUAUUUUUUAUUCCCCCCCCCCAUAAAAAUCAUGCCACUACUUUGAUAUUUUUUUUUGUAUCCGAGCCGCCUCACCAUUUUGUAGACUCAUUUUGCUCUCCUUUGUAAAUACAUUUUCUUUCUUUUUUCGUGUAACCAUGGUGCAAUUUGUUGCAUUAAAAUGCAAAGCAAUUUUGCUACUUGAAACUCAA